AUGGUCAACCACAGCUCCCCAGUGGACUUUCUCCUUCUGGGCUUCUCUGAACACCCAGGGCUUGAAAGAAUCCUCUUCGUGGUUGUCUUGAUCUCUUACCUCCUGACUCUGGUGGGCAACACACUCAUCAUCCUGCUGUCCGUGCUGGAUCCCAGGCUCCACUCCCCGAUGUACUUUUUCCUCUCCAACCUCUCCUUCCUGGACCUCUGCUUCACCACAAGCUGUGUCCCGCAAAUGCUGGUCCACCUCUGGGGCCCAAGGAAGACCAUCAGCUUCCUUGGCUGCUCUGUCCAGCUCUUCAUCUUCCUGUUCCUGGGGACCACGGAGUGUGUCCUCCUGACCGUGAUGGCCUUUGAUCGCUAUGUGGCUGUCUGCCAGCCCCUCCACUAUGCCACCAUUAUCCACCCCCGCCUGUGCCGGCAGCUGGCGGCCGUGGCCUGGGUGGUUGGGCUGCUGGAGUCAGUGGUCCAGACACCACCAACGCUCCGUCUGCCUUUCUGCCGCCACCAGCAAGUGGAUGACUUUGUGUGUGAGGUCCCGGCUCUAAUUCGCCUCUCCUGUGGAGACACCACCUACAAUGAGAUCCAGAUGGCUAUUGCGAGUGUCUUCAUCUUGGUUGUGCCUCUCAGCCUCAUCCUGGUUUCUUACAGUGCCAUUACCCGGGCAGUGCUGAGGAUUAACACGGCCGUAGCAUGGAGGAAGGCUCUGGGGUCCUGCUCCUCCCAUCUCAUUGUGGUCACUCUCUUCUACAGUUUAGUCAUUGCUGUCUACCUCCAGCCCAAAAAUCCCUACGCCCAGAAGAGGGGCAAGUUAUUUGGUCUCUUCUAUGCAGUGGGCACUCCUUUACUUAAUCCCCUCAUAUACACCCUGAGGAACAAGGAAGUAAAGAGGGCACUCAGGAGGUUGCUGGGGAAAGACAGGGACUCCAGGGAAAGCCGAGGGACAGCUGCCUGA